AUGAAAAACAUAUCUGUCGCUUUGAUACUUAUCGGUAGUCUGCUCUUGGUCUCCGCUAACAGUUAUGGGGCGGUUACUUCUGUGGGAGAGAUUAAUGUCGUCGGCGAAACAGAGGGCAUUGUUCCUGCUACUUCGACUGUGCCGCUCAUCGUGACGCUUUUAAUUGACCGGUCGUUGGCAGAGCCGGGCGAAGAAAUUAAAACUAUUGAGGUCAUGAUGCCGAUCGGAUUUCUAACCCAAUCCUCCUAUUUCAAAGGCAUCUCGCGUGACGGAAACCAGAUUGUAGCAAGGGCGGUAGCCUCUGGCGGAAGUAUUUUGCGCGUUGAACUCGCAGACGCUAUCGUUGAUUUUCAGAAUGCGCUCUAUGAAAUUGUCUUUGAUUGUCAGACACCCAAUACGCUUAUCUUGGAGGCAGUUUUCAGAGUGCGUUUACGCAAUCUGCAAGACGGUCCCAUCGGUGAAUUUAUCCGGUCGGGGCAGGCAGACGGAAAGCUCAACAACGACGAUUUUACCUUACAGGUAAUUCCGAAUGUACCGCCUGACCCAGUUAUAGGUUUUACCGCUGAAUCCGAUGGAACUGGGGAAAACGAUGUGACCCUCCGUUGGCAGAAAUCAACAGACCCAGAUGUCAACGGCUAUCUCAUUUACAGGGAUAAGGAAGAUCCUAUUAGGGUCGAAAACCGUUCUUCAACGACAUAUCGUGAUGUAAACGUUCUCCCAGGAAACCAUACCUAUCAGAUCACCGCUUACAAGACGCUUUUCUUGCAAUCGGAACGUUCACCGAUACAAAUAGUGGACGUAUCAUCGGACACAGCUGCACCAGAGCCGCCGACAAUGCUCAGCAUUAUUACCUCAAGUGAUGGUGUCGAAGUCUUGUGGAAACCGAGCGUCAGCCGUGAUGUAGUUGCGUAUCGGGUCUUGUUCGGUUCAUCCGGAUCCAGCGAACCUGAACCUCUCCCUAACGGUGAGAUUCGCGAAGUAAAAACGGAAUAUAGAUUUAUUGAUAAUCGUCCAUUGUCUAUAGGCAGUUUUACUUAUGCUGUCAUCGCCAUUGACGAGGCGGAUAACGUGUCCGCACCUGUACAAAAGAAACUCCGUAUUUUUGACAAACCUUACCCGAACCCUUUUACACCGCUUUCUCCAGACGAGGAUUUCAAUCAGGUAGUCUUUCCGGCGCGCACACUUGAAGAAACAUCGGGUGAAUUCACGGUGCUCAUCUUUGACAUUGACGGAAUGCUCGUGAAGACUCUGACCGCACUACCGGGUGAAACGGAGUUGAUUUGGGAUGGACACGACGAAGCCGGUGAAAUUGUGGAAAGCGGCGUUUAUGUCUAUCAACUUCAAGUGGGAGAGAGUUUUAAGACAGGGACUUUAAUUGUUGCGAAGUAG